GUGCUCUGGUGAAACUCAUAGAACCUGUGACACACUGAAGACCCGACGAGAAGGACAGGACGCUCCGCAAUCACCGCUGAGUAGCGGGGUAUAUUCAUCCUGCAGGGACAGUACUGACAGCAACUUCACCCUGAACUUCAAUCUACAGAGCUUUUGCUGCAGAUGCAUUGGCCUACAGAGGAUUAUGAGAGUGAAGACAGCUACUCCAGUCUACCAAAGAAAAGGAGCAACUAUACAGAACUGGAAGACAUCUUUCCCAGCAUAAAAAUUAAGAAGACAUCUGAGCAAAACAAACAAACAAAAAAAGCUAUGUCUGAGCUCAAUAUUAUCACCUGGAACAUAAAUAGACGCAAUAUAGUGGAUGAUGUGUGCAAAUUAAACAAUACAGGGCCAACAAUAAUUUUCUUGCAACAUGCAUCUCUAAGGUGAUGCCACAAGAAAUUUUACAGAGUUGGCAUGCGUACUACACAAGAUACAGUGCCAGUGAAAAAGGGGUGGCCAUUUUGGUGAAGAGAACGGAACGUUUUAUUUUAAAAAGCCAGGAAAUUGACAGGAACGGGCGUUAUGUAAUCGUGCAGUGUAAUCUGCGAGGUCAGGACUACACACUCGUCAGUGUGUACAACCAUCAAGAAGACACCACAACUCUAGACCUUCUCAUACCCUAUCUGCAGAGAAUGACUGUAGGAACGCUAGUGAUAGGAGGAGAUUUCAAUACCACGUUCAGCAAGAAUGACAGAGCUAAAAGAAUAUUAUCCAGCAACGAGUUCGUUAACCCACAGUUACUGCCCAUUGACCAGCCAAAUCGACAACAUGUUAAACUCAGAAAAUGUGUGGAACGUUUAAUGAGGCAUCUGCAACUGGUGGAUGUAUUUAGGAGAAAACACGGUUAUGCACGCAAUGAUGAUGCAUGUUUCACAUUUAUGAGGUGUGACAGAACAGCACAAAACUUUGAGGAAUUCCAAGACACAAUCAUCAAGUCCAGGUUGGACUACUUUUUUAUACCUGAGGAAUGGAUGUGCUCUGUCAAAAAAUGUGAAGUUGUUAAUGUGUUCGAGUACCCUGGACGUGCGGUGAGGCCGUUAACAGAACAGGGGAGGCAGCCUGCAACAAGAUCAGACCACAGUCCUCUGUUACUACAGCUGGAUCUCAACAGCCCUGUAAUUAGACACAUAGAAAUAAAAGAGUCUUCUAACCUCCAUGCUCCACAACAAGUCAAUGAUUCUGAACAUAUCAGUGGGGUUGAGAUAGUGGCAGCCAUUCAGUCUGUACAGCUGAGAGACAUAAACAGACCUGGUGUAUAUCCCUUUGUGUACAAGAACUUCAAUGAUGAAGUAAUUAAAAUUUUGAAAGACAAUUACACCAAUCAAAUUAGCAAUGCAUUGCCACGAGAUUUCAAUUCUGCAACAGUCACAGCAGAUGGCUACUACUUUUUCAAUGUUGAUUAUCUUAUCUUAGCAACAAUUCUAGCCUGGCGCAUAGAAGAUUGGGGAGGUGAAAGCGAGACUCAAAUUGAGGAUGGACCUCAAACAGUUCAAUGGCUUCACUUACAUAACUGCCUUCUUGUAAAACUAGAAGGUCACCCAGCUUUCAGUGACUUUGCCAUCCUCGAGCAAAUGUUGAAAGAAAAUGAGAACAAUGAGAAAAUGCUGUGUGAGGGCUGCCCUUUAACACACAUACUGCGCAAAUGUAUUCUGGAAUAUCAGACAAUACAAAGGAUUGGAUAAAUAAAACAAUCAAAGAAAGUCUCUAAACUGUCGGAUCUUUAGUUUGCAUGAAAACAAUAGUUGUGUGAAUGCUGUAGAAACAAAGGAUUUUGAACAUCGUCGCUGUUUUGACAAAACUUUGUAUCACCAAAAUGGUAUCCUCUGUAGAAGGAAAAGCAUUCCUAACUUUGUUAAUGUAAAAAAAUUUUAUCAGACUUUUUUCUCCCCAAAUAAUGUUGGUUUUCAUGCAUCAUCAAUGUAAACAGCAUGCUGUCAAGUUGUUUUUUUUCACGAAAACAAAGAUAAUAUCCAUUGUAAUCAUUAUUUCACUGUAUCAGUCAACAGAAUAGUACAUACUGCCAUAGUUAAUGUUAUUACUCCUGUUCUGUAAAAAUAAGAUUGAGAAAUGUUUGUGAAUCAAUCUUCAUCUGCUGGUGACAAUCAUAAAUAUCAUUUAUUUGUCUCUUAUUUGUUGUAUAUUUCUAAAAUCAUGUGGUACAUAUCAUAAUUAAUAAUCCAAAGUCAAUGUAACCAGACAAGUGCUUUCUGAAUGUUUACUGCAUAUACUGUCUGUUUUAAUGCAUGCAUUGCUGAUUAUCCACUGAGCAUAACGUUACUAAAUGGCCUAAAUAAACUUUUUAUAGGUAACAGUUUGUCUUUUCAACUUCUCCACAAUCCGAUUGAACCCAUAUAUUAUCUGAUCUUCAGUGUAAACACAACUGUACUUUAUAAAUGUAUUCUGUGUGAGAUUUAUUACAACUGUAAUUUCAACCCUAAUCCGAGGAAUAUAGGACUAUAAUAAAGUGCUUGCUUUCCA